AUGCCGACCCGUGAGCUGGGGAGCUCUUUUGAGGCUUCAAAUGGUGCUCAAGGGGUAGGAACAACUUUAUUGAAAAGGCAUAGGAUAUUACCUCAUCCUAUAGAAGGGCGCCCUUCCGGUACAUAUUCUCAGCCUCGGACUUUGCAAUCUCGCGAUACUACUGCAGAAUCGGCAACAGCGCCCGAACCUAAUUCCGAUACCGCGAAUGCACGCAUCAAUGUCCUUGCGGUCCCCGCGCCAAAUAUCGAAGUCGCGUCUGUCAAAGAUUCUGUUGUACAAUCAACACCAAGUCCAUCAACGAUUCAGAAAAGUCCACCUACCCCCGAUGUAACACCUCCACGCGCAAUGCCACCGUCGGCAUUUCGUUCAGUAUUAGCAAACUCUCGGUAUCUCUCUUCGCGAACAGAUUCCUUCCGGACAGCGCGAGAAAAUCUGUAUUCCUCGGACGAGGAUGAAACUUCAACAAUUCGACCACGAAGACCAUCUGCGAGACCAUCCGAGGCAGAAGUAUUGCAAGUUCCGCGAAAAGAGAUUGGGUUAGGCCUGGGUCUGGAAUCUGAUAAUGAGGGCUCUACAACACCAAAAGUAAAAGAAGAAUCAUCACAGCAGGAAUUUGGUGCUUUUGAUGGGGAAUGGGGCACCUCUCCAGGAGAUGUAAGCGAGGUGGAACGAGAAUGGGAUGAUAAUCUUAUGAGGAAUGUGACGGUUCGAAAGCGCCGUGAUAGGAAUAUGAUUUUUGACGAAGGAGCCGAUGAGGUGGAAGAUAGUACAAUUUCUCCGACAAAGGCGAUAAGAGUUGUGCGAAGGUUGUCUCUACGAGAGAAUGAAGAAUAUCACCGAUUGGAGAAAGAUAUCGUGGAACCGAUUUUAAAAAGUGGCACAUGGCCUAGAGUAAGGAAGGACACUACACAGUCUCCGAUAAUGUCAAAUACCAGAAGAUUCUCUACAAUGUCAGGUCGUUCAACGACAUCUACAGUUGUCGAAGCUUUCGUCGUCGAUGUACCACCUUUGAGAUUGAGAACCCUUCGCCAUACCAAAAAGCAAAUUGGAUUGAGAGAUUUCAGCUCAAAUGAUUCAACUUUGGGCUCCGCACCACCAUCCGAGAAUUCGAGUGAACAAUAUCAUCGUUUAGUGCACAAAGCUGAACGAAUUCCUGAACGACAUAACGGAAGCUUGAUAUCGAAUACUACCCCGAGCAUCACUUCAAGUCAUAAAUCGCGCCGGCAGGUCAUACGCGAGGGCGGAGUACCUGUUGUGGUGAUUCCAGAUCGCGUUUCAUCUGCGAAAUCUUCCAAACCUCCAUCUCUGCGCUCAACAAGUAGUCGAAGGACUAAGAGGAGCAAUUCCCUACAAUCAGCUCCAUUAUCACAAUCUUCGAAAACAAAUGAGCCCGGAUACUUUGAUAGUAUUCCUCCUAUCAGGAAACGCACAACCUCAGAAUCUGCAGGAUCGAGCAAUUCUGUACAUACUAUCGAUUAUCCUCCAAGCAUUCCGACUCGAAAAUCCUCACUUUCUGCUCCAACGAGUCGAAAUACUUCAAGGGCAGGUUCAUUGACCGCAGAGAGUCUCAAAGCUCACGACAUGCUUCAAGAAAAGCAAUCACCGACGUUCGGGCCAGUUGAAGUACCAACGCCCGCCGGUUCCGAAAAGGAAACUGAGCCACAAAAUGCUCGUUCAAGCAUAGAUCAUGGUCGGCUAAGUAUUGAUCAUCAUGACGAACGGCAAUUUCAUGUCAGACGAUCUUCACAAGCUACACCAUUUUCACAAGCAUCAUAUGACACAGCUGGCACGGCAGCGACAACCGCUGAAAUUUCGCAGGCUAUGGCAGUAUCGAUGAUUCCACAUCAAAACAAGUCAUGGACGGUGAUACACAGAGAAUCUGAGCCAUCGCCUCCUAUCUUACGACGAUUGAUCACGCAACCAACUGUUGAGGUCAAUCGUCCGGACUUUUCAUUUGUGUUGGAGGAAUUCUUUAUGACAGGAGGUAAGACUGAUAAUGGUCCUGCAACUCCCCCGCAAAAUCUACAUAUAAUGGAUGGGGUAGAUUCACCACUUCGAAACCCUCGUGCCCCCCCUGAACCUCCCGCGAUUAAAUUCAUCCCGCCGACACCUUCUGAUAUGUCACCUGGGGCAGCCGAAGAACGCCAACUAGGUUUUGAUUUUGGGACUCAACUGGACGAAGACUAUGAUGAUCGUCCUUCAACUUCAGACCGACUCAAACGAAAUUUCUCUCUUCGCCGUGCUUUCAGUAACCGCCGCUACUCGGAUGUUAUAAUACCAGACGCAGGUUUGUUUAAGCGUACGUUCUCACUUGGCGGUCGUCGCAAGGAUAUUGCAACCCAGACAUCAAAACCAGAAGCAAAUCCUUCUACACACUAUCCAUCAGUUCUCGAUCAACCUGCUGAUGAAAGUAAGCUACACCCGUUCUGGAGACCAGCAAACUUCUGGGAUGAUCUGGAAGAGAACGAUAAUGAGUCAGGUGAAGACGAGGAAGAUGAUUUUCCCGAGUAUCACAGUCCCGGGAGCAGACGUAUAAUACCAAAGCGUGGCCUGAGUGGAAAGCUAAAGCGCACAUUUGCGAUUCUUCCUUUGUCUUAUGGUAACGAUGAUUAUGAUCAAGCACCACUAGAUCGAAAGACUAUGCGAAGGUCUCCUAGUGGCAAUGCUUUAAGAGUUGUGAAGCAGAGAAGCAAUAACACAUUGAGGCGAGAGGCAGAUGAAAGAGUUCUUCGUGAUGCAAAACCUGGAGAGUUUGGUCAUGGUUUCAAAGAGGGCAAUGGAGGUCGCAUUCACACUAUUCCUGGAUUGGGCUUGAGAAUUGAAUAUGUGGGGUUGAGAGGAUUAGGAAGAAAAAUUACUGAAAGAAGAAGAGAGCAGAGAAACGCAAAGUUGCGAGCCACAAUCAGUAGACCGAGAGGAUUGAGAAAUGGAAUUGAUGAUGUUUUGGAACCAAGGAGUCUAGAGUCGACGAAUGUUAUAUGA